AUGCUGCUCGCACUCUUCAUCGCCCUGCCAUACUUCGGCAUCUUCAUUACCUACGAUCCCUUGGCCGUAUUCCACUCGGAACAGCUUCUACAACUCGCUCUCCUCGAUAUCAUCUUCACCCUCAGCAUCUGCUUCUUUUACACUCUGAGUUUGCCCACGAUCUCCUUUUCCAGUCUCGGUCGAAGUCUCGCCGCCUUCGACUUCUUUCUCGCGGUCUUCAUUUGGGCUAUGUUAAUCAACAGACUUCUCAUCCAUGAGUUUCAUAGCUCCGGCUCGACUGUGAUUAUCGCGAACAUCGCCAGCACCCUCGCUGCUUCCCUUGUUGCCAAGAUUGCAGGCUACGUUUUUGGUUACUAG